AUGGCUUUAAAUCAGGAAAUGGCUUGCGUUUACGCUGCUCUCAUCCUUCAGNGAACCUUCCUUCUUGGCGCUCCUAUUGUUUUGAAGAUAGAAGUGUAUAACCUCAUCACGUCGGUGUCUUCUGGAGUUGGUUCUGGAGGUGGAGCUGCAGCACCCGCCGGAGGCGCUCCAGCUGCCGCUGCCCCUGCUGCAGCUGCUCCAGCAGAGGAGUCCGACGACGACAUGGGAUUCGGCCUUUUCGAUUGA